AACAGGCGACGGCGAGGUCCAUGACAUUGGCUACUCUGUCCCGCCCCAGUCGGCGGGGAGAGGACACAACACCCGGCGUUCCGGCGGAAGGGGCGGGCGGCAGCAGCAGCGUGGGACCGUGGGGCUGCUAUGGGGCGCAAGAAGAACAAGAAGGGUCCGGGCGGCCGCGAGGGGCGGCUGGUGGUGACUUUCGACGAGGAGCGGCGGAGGGAGUACCUGACCGGCUUCCACAAGCGGAAAGUGGAGCGGAGGAAGGCGGCGCUGGAGGAGAUCAAACGGAAGCUGAAGGAGGAGCAGAGGAAAAUGAAAGAGGAGAGGAAGCUGAUGAACUGGAGCACUUGGUGACAUCACGGACAGAGUCUGUGAACAUCGACCACCCAAACCACAUUGUAACAGUGACCACCAUCAGUGACCUGGACCUCUCUGGGGCACGCCAGCUGGGACUGACCAGCCCCAUGGGAAAAAGUGAUGGAUCUGAAGAAGAGAAAGGGGAAGAGGUGGUGAACAAGCCUGUAAGAACAAUGCCCAAGAAGUCCAGAAACCCAUUCCUGUCUGAAAAAAUCUCUUCUCUUACUGCCACACUGCACAUGCACAGCCGGAAAAAGAGGAAAGGAAAGAGAUCCCAAUGUGGGCAAGGCCCACGUAAGAAAAUCCAGAAGUCCAGYACAGGGCGAACCACCAAGACUCAGCGACGAAGGCUGACAGGCAAAAUGGGCCAUGACCAAGAUUAACAGAGAAACCAGUAUUCAGACCAGCAGCUGGGACAGAGCUCCACAUCUGGCUUGCUGCUCUUUGGGACCCUGUCAUUGUGGUCAAGCUCCUUAUUUACUUGGGUUUUCUGACUAGCAGUGAGCCCAGUUCAGCCUUUCUGUAGCCUGUGAGCACUGGCCAAGGUGACUAGAUGCUCUACCCGUUUAUUUCUGCAGUGAUCUCCAGCUAAGUGUCUGAUUGCCACGAAAAUCUCUUAAAAACUUCUGAUACAGGUCAUAUUCGCUACUUGGUGUAACCCUUAUUCCUUGGGCCUCGCCUUUCAGAGCUGAGACUUGGUUUUAUCAAAGAAGAGGAUCUGGGGCAGAGUGCAACGGGCAYAUCAUCAUCAGGGCAAUUUGAGAGACUUGGAAGAGUUUUGCUUGCACUCCUGCAUUGGUGCCCUGGCAUUUCUGCUGUGCAGUAAAUCCUUUUUCCAUGGAGGCAAGGUGUCAUCCUGUCUCAUGUGUUUCUUCACUACACACAUGGUGCUACCCUUAAAUGCAGGGGUGCUUUUGUUUGGUACUUGUGCCAGGUGAAAUUGGGUAAUUUUGUGAAUAAAUUUGAAGUGAUUUUGGUAAAAAAAAAUCUGUGAUUUAUUUGAAGCAUAGCUGGAGCUGUGCUAGCACCAGUACCAACUGGAAAGAGAGGGAGAUAAUUCCUGGUGCUUAAAGGAUAUUGAAAUCCACUGGUGCUUGGAAAAUGGAAUAGCUAGGAGCUAUUUCUGUGGUAAGGCAGAGCCAGAUAGAGCAGGAAUGGCUCAUUCCAUUGUCUGCUGAAUAUGCCAAUUAUAACUGCGAUAGCUCAGAGUAUGAAAUGCCCUAAUGCCCUUGCUGUAUGUGUGUGGCCCUUUCUGGGGUGCGASUGGCAGAGACUGCCCUUGCCCUUUACCUCCAGGCUGCUGCAGUUAUUAGCAGCUAAUUGCUUUUCUUAGGACCUCAGUGUAUGUUUUUUAGWGUGGUUGCCUUCUGCAGGGGAGCAAAAAAACUUUACAUUGGGAUUGAGGAAUACGGUGGCAAAACUGCAAGUGAAUCCUCUGAGAAAGAGAGUGAGCCCAGGCAGCAUAGUGGCUUCUGUCCUGGAGUAUCUGUAGGAAAUGGCCAUUCUGCCUCUGUCAGGCAGAUCUCCUCCUAUGUCAUGUGUGCACUGGAAAGGAAAUGACAAAGAAAGAAAAGGCCUGUAUGUCCAAAACCCACACCAAAAAAAUUUGCAACCCAGCAAUGGGCAAGCAAAUAGAUUCCUCAUGCCAGAAAUGGGAGGGAAAAGAGUAAAGCAGUGCCUGAGGCUGCAUGGAGAAACAUCAGAGCAAUACUCAUGGCCACCAGCCUGAUGUAUCUCUCUCCAUUGUUUCUUGGAGCAUGCACACACAGAGCCAUUCUCUAGCAUGUGUUAAGGGGGWUGGUAUGAUCAACACUGACAAUGGCAGCGCAGUUUCUGCUAGAGGGAGUGCUCUGGAA